AUGGAACCGAGAAACGGUACACAAAUUUCAGAGUUUUACCUUCUGGGAUUUUCAAAGGGACCAGAGCUGCAGCCCCUCACAUUUGGGCUUUUCCUCUCCAUGUACCUGAUCACUGUCUUUGGAAAUCUGCUCAUCAUCCUGGUUGUCGGCUCUGACUCCCACCUCCACACCCCCAUGUACUUCUUCCUGGCCAACCUGUCCUUUGUAGACAUCUGCUUCACCUCCACCACCAUCCCGAAGAUGCUCUGGAACAUCCGGACCCAGAGCAAAGUCAUAACCUAUGAGGACUACAUCACCCAGAUUUAUUUUUUCAUACUCUUUGCUGUGAUGGAUGUCUUCCUCCUGAGUGUGAUGGCUUAUGACAGGUUUGUGGCCAUCUGUCACCCCCUGCAGGACACGAUCAUCAUGAACCCCCGGCUCUGUGGACUGCUGGUUCUGGUGUCCUGGAUCAUGACUGUCCUGCAUUCCUUGUUACAAACCUUAAUGGUGUUGUGGCUGUCCUUCUGUACAGCCUGGGAAAUCCCCCACUUUUUCUGUGAACUCAAUCAGAUGAUCCAACUUGCCUGUUCUGAUACCUUUCUUAAUAAUUUGGUGAUGUAUUUUGCAGCUGUCCUCUUGGCUGGUGGUCCUUUUGCUGGGGUCCUUUACUCUUACUCUAAGAUAGUUUCCUGCAUACCUGGAAUCUCAUCAGCUCAGAGCAAGUAUAAAGUGUUUUCUACCUGUGUGUCUCACCUCUUGGUUGUCUCCUUAUUUUUUUGUACGGGCCUCAGAGUGUACCUCAGCUCUGCUGCUACCCAGAGCUCACUCUCAAGUGCCACAGCCUCGAUGAUGUGCACGGUGGUCACGCCCGUGCUGAACCCCUUCAUCUACAGCCUGAGGAACAGAGACAUAAAGAGGGCUCUGAAGAGAAUCGUUGGGGUUCCAGCGAUGUAA